AGACUUGUGGGUGUGUUUUUGCCCAGAGCUUUAUAUAAGGCAGAGAGCUUUAUCUCUCAGACUCGAUCGAGGAGAAGCUGCUCUUCUGACUCCCUCUACAUUCCAACAAGUUCAGGCACGAUGAAAGGCAUUAUUCCCAGGAGCAAAGCAAAAGGCACUGACUUCUGUGGAAUGGGCGACUGGUAUUAUGUAAUCCGCUCUGAUCUCGGCUGCUUUAUGCAGAUAAGAGAUUUAAAUGAAGGUACAGACAUCUCUAUUCACAGUCUGCACCCUGCCUGCCAAAAUGGAGACCACUAUGUUGGCGAUUGUUAUAGCUACUUUUACAUCAUCAAAGGAAAUUCCUACCGCAGAGUCAAGAACCUGGAGAAAGACAGCGAAGCUAAAGUUGACAGCCUUCAUUCCAACUUCCAGGGUGGAGACCACUACCUCGCAACCAAUCACUAUUUUUACAUCAUAUUCCAAGAAAAGGGCACAUAUCGAAGAACAAAAAACCUGAAUCACGACUCGGAAGCUGUAGAAUACACGCUCCAUCCCAACUGCAGAAAUGGCCUCUAUUACCUGGGCCAUGGCUUAAUUGGUCACUUCUCCUUCAUCAAGCCCGUCUCAGAGUGGGGAGUUGAGUUCUACAGGGGAACCGGCUUCAGCAAAGAUGAGCCCGUUGGUGUCUAUUCUGUUCAUCCUGAUGUUCUUAACUUCCUUCCUGGUGGGCUGUCAGUAACUAAAGGCCCAUCGUUUGGCAUGUGGGAGAAUAUUAAAACUAUAACUAAUGACACAAGUAAACCAGUAACAUGGCGCAGGAAAAUCAAUAAAAAGGUUGGCUACACCAAGGAGAAGAUGACCCAGAUCACACACAACUGGAAGAUAUCCGCAUCAGUCACAUCUGAAACUGGAGAUCUUGCAAAGUUAAUCGCGAAGGUUCAGUUCACCUUUUCUGCAGAAUAUGGAGGGUCACACGUCAGCACUGAAAAAGAAAGCUGGAACGAAGCGACUGAAGAGGAAGAACAACUCUCAUUUGAUCUGGAGCCGAACAAGUCUGUCUAUCUGUGGCAGUACCAACUGGGUCUCGGGCAAGAACCAGUGCUGUUCUGCCGUGAUUUAAAGAUUGACGACGAGCCAAACCCUCCGACUGAAGUCCCGCUGCCGCCCGUUCAAUCAUGAAAACAUAUCAGGAUGGUUUAACUCCAAGAAUAAUCACGUGCUUCAGUUAAACCCCUAAUUAUAACUUCUCAAGUCAUCAUUUAUAUAUCUGCAUGCAAUGCUUAAAAUAAGUCUGGAAUUGUUUAAUAUAGCAAACUGGCCGCAAUGGGGUAAGCUGUGUUCGACAUGUGCUCCCGUCAAGCCUCUAUUUCAACCGAAAAGCAUAAAGUGUAAUACUUCCCAUACAACAGUAAACUAUUAUUAAACAUCGGAUAGUGGAACAAGUCCACGACGGUGCCCUGAUGGACACAAAGCAGAAGAAAUUUAAGUAUACUGGAUCCUCCAAAACAAGGCCCAAUACCUCCUCAGACCAGAGUACUGCCAAGAGCUCAGCUAAAGUGACCCUGCCCUCACCUGCUUCGGGAGAGAUGGACGCUGAAGUCUUGAAAUCAGAAAUCUUCUCUCUUUGAAAGCGGACAUCUCAACGGUGAUAAAGUCAGAGCUGAAAAAUGCCCUCACUGAUGACUUCGAAAUGCUCAAGAACGAGUUGAAGGCGGUGAAAACCGAGAUCACAAACAGAUCGACCAGGUGAAAGUUAACAUUAAAGAGGUUGAGGGGGGGCUAUCAGAUGAAGUGGCUACUUUACAAAAAACAGUGAGUGAGAUGAAGGCAGAAAUGGCAGAACUGAAAACAAAUUGUGAGGAUAUGGAAGGGCGGAUGAGGAGAUGUAACAUAAGAUCAUUGGAGUACCUGAAACUCCCGACACCAGCAAUACAACCUCGUUAUCAAAGUUGGUAACUGAGGUGCUAGGGUUGGAUAAAGAGCCGUUGAUCGACCGAUCAGCCUAGGGCCAAAGAAGACAGGCGGAAAACCUUGCGGCAUCCAGCGCAGUCUCAUCCCAAGACGUCAUAUAACUGACGUUUUGGGACGUCUUUUGACCAUACGUCAAUAUUCGCC